GCACAAUUUCUGACACAGUGGAUUAGAAAAAAAGUGAGGAAAAACAUGUAUUUCAGAUUAACUAAAUGGAUGAAUAAAAAGUUCUUGCCUACAGUUUACUUUGUGCAUGUUUAUUAGGUUAGAAUUAGCAGUGGAGAUGAGAUGUUCUGGGUCAUGUUGUUGCUAAUACACCUCACUAUUAUGCAUGGAUGCAACAAUGGAUUGUAGGGAUCAAACACACACUUUUAUUCAACAGAGUUAAUUUGCCUACAAAUGCAUGACCUUUGCCAUUCAGCAUUAAAUCUCAAGUACCAUGGGUCUGUUAGGCCUGGCCUAGACUUCCUACUCAAAUGAUUAGUCGCCUUCAAUUAGACCCAAAUUAAUUUUGAAGGGAACAAGCAUGAAUCCGACAAGGUAACCAGAGCCAAGUGUUUAAAGAUGCACGAAGAGCCUUGAGGAGAAAGUAGAGUCUCUGUUAACCCGUCUCACUAACAGUGAAACUCUCAUACAGUAAUCUGCCUUUGUGAAUGCUUGGUGGAUUUGAAUGCAGGUUUUGAAGGGGCGCAUGUGGAUCAGCCAGACGGGGCAGGUGGGGAGUUCCACCUGCUGAAUGAACGCAGUCAGUAUUGGGGAGUACCAUGGGCUGCGGGUGGGCUCAGCCCUGCUCAGCAUUGUAGCAGGUUGUAUCAUCAUUGGUGUGUCAAAGGACUGUGAUGCAGAUGCUGUGGGGGGCAUCUUCCUCGGGGCAGGGGGGCUUGGUCUCCUUAUUUCAAUCUACCCAUUCAUAAGAGCAUGGCUCAACUUCCAUCACAUACUGCCCAAUAUAGGCAACUUCAGAGUGCACCCGAUGGCUACAAAUUCAAAUCCAGCCGCCGAACAGCCUACAGCUACACUCACACGAGAGGGAACUCAAUGCCAGCUAAAUGUAGAGCGGUCGAAAAGCCGAAUGGGGGCAUUUGUGGAGACCGCAGUUCCUACAGCAGCCGAGGGCUCACAGGAUGAUGGCCCUUCUGCAGAUGUUCCAGAUAUCUUGGGCAGGCGGAAGUUUAAGUCACCAUCUUCUGAUCAAGACACUUCAUAAUUGUUGGAUCCAAUGGAGUCUCAUUAAAGAACAAACAGUAUUCAUUUCACAAUAAGCAAGGCUGAUCUCUGUAUGGUAUCGUAUCUGAUUUCACUCAUUUAAACCAAACAAGUUGUCUGCUCUAAUACUGAAAUAAUGUUUAAUGAAAGCAGAGCAAGAAGAA